CAAGCAGGGUUAAAAACCCCGUUUAAAACGACCCCACUUGCUCCUGCUGCCUCCAGGUGUCCAGGUGAAGGGACCCUCCCCCAGCAGCUGCCAUGGGUGCUGUGCUUCCCCUCCCCUCUGCCCCGAGGCAGAGGAAGGCAGCUGAGGAGGAGGAGGAGGAGGAGGAUGAUUUACUCGACAGCCAAGACCGUGUGGAAGACAUUGCCAAGUUCCCCUACGUUGAAUUCACAGGCCAGGACAGCAUCACCUGCCCCACUUGCCAAGGCACUGGCUGCAUCCCCACAGAGCAGGUGAAUGAGUUGGUGGCUCUGAUCCCCUACAGCGACCAGCGGCUUCGUCCCCAGAGAACGAAACUCUACGUGCUGCUCUCGGUGCUGCUCUGCCUGCUGGUCUGCGGGCUGGUGGUUUUCUUCCUCUUCCCGCACUCGGUGCUGGUGGAGGACGAGGGGAUUAAAGUGGUGCAGGUGUGGUUCGACCACAAGAACUCCGUCGUCCUCCUGGCCAUCACGGCCACCUUAAGGAUCAGGAACUCCAACUUCUACUCGGUGGCCGUGGGCAGCCUGAGCAGCCAGGUGCAGUACAUGAACAGGGUGGUGGGCACCCAGCAGGUCACCAACGUCUCCAGCAUCCUCCCCCUGAGUGACAAACUGGUGAAUUUUACCGUCAAGGCAGAGCUGGGUGGACCUUUCUCCUACGUGUAUUUCUUCUGCACAUACCCCAAGGUGAAGGUCCACAACGUUGUGAUCUUCAUGAGGACCUCGGUGAAGUUCUCCUACGUGGGGCACGCCAGCCAGAGCUCGGUGGAGCGGUACCGGUACGUGGAUUGCAGCUCCAACUCCACCCACCCUCUGGCACCUGGGGCAGCCUGAAGGAAGGCACAGCUGGAAGGGCACAGACACCUUGAACUGGAAGCAGGGGGGUCGUGAAUGACCCUGGUGGGAGGCACUUGGAAGCUCCUGGUCCUUUUUUGAGCCCUUCCACGUGCCCACAGGAACGGGUCCCUCCACGAAGCCUUUGCUUCUGGAGAAACCUUUUUUUUUUUAUUAGUAGGGAAACUGGACUUGGGGGAAGCUUCAGGCUCUGAAAUCCCCCGAAGGUUUUCGUGUGGUGUUUUUUUCCACCUGUUUGGAAGGUUGGCACUGCUUGGGGGCGUUUGAGGUUCUCCUGGUUUAUCCCAGCGUGCCUGGGUCCAAAGGGACACUUCUCCCUUAGGGAAGACGUGCAGGGAAAGCUUCUGCCUCUGCCACGGGCGCCAAAAAGAGGCAAAGGAAGCAAAACCUUUGGCACCACGGUGGUUUGGGUCUGCUGAGAGACUGCCUGCCUUCCUGAGGGUUUGUGUUGAACUCACCUCCUCCUCGUUCUGAUCCUUCCUGUCCCCCCCCUCCACCCGCCGCGAUUUGAAACCAGAGGGCAUGUGCAGCUUUGUACUUUGUGCUCCACCGCAGGCAAACAGGGGACUUAAAGUGAUUUUUUUUUUAAUUUUUUUUUUUUUUUCCUGUGGGAGUCUGGGCUUUCCAAGGCUCCCCUGCCGGGAGCGGCGCAUUCCUGAGGGUCGCUAUCAGCAGCCUCCCGGGAGCAAAUCGAUGUGGCAGCUCUGCUUUUCCCCCCCCUUUCCCCCACGCCAACUCGCAGGACUUUUCGUUCCCCUCCUCUGCUGCCCCCUCGGGAGUUUGUUUUGGGUUUUUUUGGUUUUUUUUCCGCUGGAAUUGGAGCUGCCCCCGGUUCGUGCCCUGCCCCUUUGUCUGCCUGCC